GAUGAAUUUACCAUUUGCCCGCCACUCCCGCGGAUAAGGAGCGCAAAAGUGUCAACCAUGUACAGCAACAACUUUGGCGUCAUCGAAGUCGCGAACCCCAAAACCAAGUCCGCCCCUGGCUGGGCGUACGUGCCAGAUGUGGGGACCAACGCGGUGACGGCCACGGGCCUGCAGCCCUCAAAUCGCAAGCGUGCUCGGAAUCAAGGACCCAACCUUAGCGGUGCCGACCUUACCGCUCGACAGGAGGCCAAGAUUCGCAAGGACCUCGAGGCGUUGGAUCGGGACAGCAAUCGAGAUGCGAAUAUCCCCAUCCCACCCAGGGCCGGCAGUGCCAGAUCCCUGACGAAGAGUACGCCGAACGUCAGGAAGAUCCUCCAGUCACAAAAGACAUUCGCAAACCACCUCGACGAUUACGAUGCGCUCAUGACCCUCAACGAGAACAACCCGCCGCCGCACCCGAACCAGCACACCAAGCCGAAGACCCCGCACCCUAACCAAUACACGAAGAAGCCGCCGCAGCCGAAUCAGUACACGAGAAAAGCACCGCAGCCGAACCAGUACACCAAGCGCAAGGCGGCCGCCGAGGCGGCGAGUAGUUCAAGGAAGAAAGAGACGUCCCGGUCACGAUCGAGGCGCGGCAGGGCAGAGUCCGAGCCGGAUCCGGAGUCCGAGCAAGAACCCGAGUCCGAGGCCACACGGCGGGACACCGCGGCGUCUGAAAUGCAGGGCGUCGAAAUGACGGGAGACGCAUCGGCAGGCACUACCGCCGCCGCCGCCGCCGCCGCAGGCCCGAGGCCGGUGCUGACCCCGUACGACGGACCCCCUCCGCCGACACACCCGGGGGACAACGAUCCUUUGCUGGUGUCGGUGGUGCCGGACUUGCCGACCGAUGCGGAGCUGCGGAAGCUCCUUGCGCACCCGCCUCUCAGCUACGCGCAGGCGAGGGCGCGGUGGCGCGACGAGGACAGGCAGUAUCCCGCGAGGAGGUUCUGCGAUGUGUGCGGGUACUGGGGGAGGGUGCGGUGCAUGAAGUGUGGGACGCCGGUUUGCGCGCUUGACUGUUUGGAGUUGCAUCGGGAGGAGUGUAUCACGCGGUAUGGGCUGUGAGAUGAAUAUGCGCAGAAAUUCGAUUAGGGUAAAGGGGGUGCAACGGAGGCGUUUCCGUGCUUUCAACCAGUUCAAGAUACCCAGGGUUACGACGAGGGAUAGGUUUUGUAUAGGGCAGAUAUCAAUAUCCAGGCGCUAUAAAUAAUAAGAUGAGCCACUUUGUAGGUUAUUCGAAUACUUGUAUGAUUUG